ACUUUCAUUGGAAAGCGGUGCGAGAGCAGCGACAUCAAGCGGAGGAUCCGGGAACCAGUCAAGGAAUGCCCAUUGUUGAUCUCUCAUUCGUCACCACUCGCCCCCUUCCGUGAGCCGUCCCGGAAUAACACGAGCUAAUGACGAAUGGAGCUGUCAUAGAAAGCACAUUCCUGACCAACUCGUUUUAUUCCGGGACAGGUUACCGAAACAGGCGAGUGUUGACGAAUGUGACGAGUUCAUAUCAAAGCCAGCGAAAAACGGCCAAGAUGCUAGAAUGUGUGUUCAACCUCUGGCCCGAGUCUCUCAUCACUCAGGCCAUCAUCGUGGGGAUCACUGCCGGCUUCAUCACCUACCAUAUCUUCAAGAAGCGUCCCGCCUUGCCUCCUGGACCAAGGGGGUGGCCGUUUAUUGGAAAUUUGCGCGAAAUACAAAAGGGUGACCCCUUGGAACUUUUUAGCACAUGGAUAGAAAAAUAUGGUCCUGUAAUCACGGUAAAAUUUGGCACUUGGAAAGUUGUCAUUCUUGGCAGAAUAGAUGUUGUGAUGGAGGCACUCGUACAGAAACAAGAAGCUUUUGCUGGGAGACCCCAGACAUAUUCAGGUGACGCAUUCACUGCGGGUUCUAAGGAUAUAGUAAACGGUCAAUACGGCCCAAGGUGGAAGCUGCACAGAAAGCUCGCCUCCAAGGCUCUCAGACAGUAUAUGACAAGUGAUAACCUCCCCAGGAAGAUAUCCCAGUCUCUCAACAUCUCAACUGCGCUUAUGCUUGAAGAACAUGGACCGAUUGAUCCUCUUCCUUUCAUUUCACUAGCAGUCUUUAACAUCCUGUAUGGAAUGUGCUUUGACAAACUCUGUGCUGACACAAAGGAUGAAACCUUCACCUUUCUGAUGGACAGUUUGAAGGGACUCGUGGAAAACUUUGGCAGUGGAUUCUUAGAAGACUUCAUACCUCUUCUACGAUAUUGCCCUACGGCAAAAUUCAGACGACAACUGAAAUAUAUAGCAGCUCUGACUGAACAUAUAAAGAAGGAGAUGGAGGAACACAAGGAAACGUUUGUUUAUGGACAGUCACGGGAUUUCGCGGAUGCCAUGUUGGCGGCCCAGAAAGAGGCAAUAGAUGAAGAGGACCCUGCUCUUUUGUCUCAGAUUACUGACACCCAUGUUGUGCAGACAAUGGGGGAUGUGUUCUUCGCUGGUAUCGACACCACAAGGAACACCCUCCACUGGUGUCUCUUGGUGAUGGCUCUCAACCCUGACAUACAGAAGAAGGUGCAGGAGGAGGUGGACUCUGUUAUAGGUCGAGAUCUAAAUGUAAGUCUGUCUGACCGGAGCCGACUGCCCUACACUGAGGCUGUUUUGCACGAGACAAUGAGAAUACGAGGGAUUGCUCCAAUGGGUAUUCCACACGAGACACUCUACGAUACAUCAGUCGGUAAGAAGGUCUACGAUACAUCAGUCGGUAAGAAGGUCUACGAUACAUCAGUCGGUAAGAAGGUCUGCGAUACAUCAGUCGGUAAGAAGGUCUGCGAUACAUCAGUCGGUAAGAAGGUGUACGAUACAUCAGUCGGUAAGAAGGUCUACGAUACAUCAGUCGGUAAGAAGGUCUACGAUACAUCAGUCGGUAAGAAGGUCUACGAUACAUCAGUCGGUAAGAAGUUCUACGAUACAUCAGUUGGUAAGAAGGUCUACGAUACAUCAUUCGGUAAGAAGGUCUACGAUACAUCAGUCGGUAAGAAGGUCUACGAUACAUCAGUCGGUAAGAAGGUCUACGAUACAUCAGUCGGUAAGAAGGUCUGCGAUACAUCAGUCGGUAAGAAGGUCUACGAUACAUCAGUCGGUAAGAAGGUCUAUGAUACAUCAGUCGGUAAGAAGGUCUGCGAUACAUCAGUCGGUAAGAAGGUCUACCAUCCAUCAGUCGGUAAGAAGGUCUACGAUACAUCAGUCGGUAAGAAGGUCUACGAUACAUCAGUCGGUAAGAAGGUCUGCGAUACAUCAGUCGGUAAGAAAGUCUACGAUCCAUCAGUCGGUAAGAAGGUCUACCAUCCAUCAGUCGGUAAGAAGGUCUACGAUACAUCAGUCGGUAAGAAGGUCUACGAUACAUCAGUAGGUGAGAAGUUCUACGAUACAUCAGUCGGUAAGAAGGUCUACGAUACAUCAUUCGGUAAGAAGGUCUACGAUACAUCAUUCGGUAAGAAGGUCUACGAUACAUCAGUCGGUAAGAAGGUCUACGAUACAUCAGUCGGUAAGAAGGUCUACGAUACAUCAGUCGGUAAGAAGGUCUACGAUACAUCAGUCGGUAAGAAGGUCUGCGAUACAUCAGUCGGUAAGAAGGUCUACGAUACAUCAGUCGGUAAGAAGGUCUGCGAUACAUCAGUCGGUAAGAAGGUCUACGAUACAUCAGUCGGUAAGAAGGUCUACGAUACAUCAGUCGGUAAGAAGGUCUACGAUACAUCAGUCGGUAAGAAGGUCUACGAUACAUCAGUCGGUAAGAAGGUCUACGAUACAUCAGUCGGUAAGAAGGUCUACGAUACAUCAGUCGGUAAGAAAGUCUACGAUACAUCAGUCGGUAAGAAAGACUACGAUACAUCAGUCGGUAAGAAAGUCUACGAUACAUCAGUCGGUAAGAAGGUCUACGAUACAUCAGUCGGUAAGAAGGUCUACGAUACAUCAGUCGGUAAGAAGGUCUACGAUACAUCAGUCGGUAAGAAGGUCUACGAUACAUCAGUCGGUAAGAAAGUCUACGAUACAUCAGUCGGUAAGAAGGUCUACGAUACAUCAGUCGGUAAGAAGGUCUACGAUACAUCAGUCGGUAAGAAGGUCUACGAUACAUCAGUCGGUAAGAAGUUCUACGAUACAUCAGUUGGUAAGAAGGUCUACGAUACAUCAUUCGGUAAGAAGGUCUACGAUACAUCAGUCGGUAAGAAGGUCUACGAUACAUCAGUCGGUGGCUAUGAACUACCAAAAGGCACUGGAGUCAUGAUUUUCCACCAGGGUCUUCACUUUGAUCCUGACCAAUGGGAUAACGUCAAUGAAUUCAGACCGGAACGAUUCCUGGACGCUUCCGGGAAGAUGGCACCCAAACCAAAAAGCUGGCUUCCGUUUUCUGCUGGUCGACGAGUGUGUCUCGGAGAGAUCAUAGCAAGGCCUGACCUGCAUCUUGUUCUUGCGGGGAUGAUGCGAGCCUGCUCUGUAUCUCUCGCCCCAGGGGAGACAAACGACUUCAAGCCUGCAAUCCCCGGUUUUGCCUGCCUUCCCCGCAGUUACAAGGUUGUUGUUGAAUCACGAUCGUAAUAUUUCCCCAAAACAACUUUUCGAUAUUGAAAAAAAAUUGUCAUGGAUUUGUAUUAACUGUUUUCACACUUUAAUUACAUACGAUUAGCUGUCUUUAUAUUAUAAUUUUUGGUUUGGUUUGGUUUGUUGUUUAAACCCGCACUCAGCAAUAUUCCAGCUAUAUGACGGCGGUCUGUAAAUAAUCGAGUCUGGACCAGACAACCCCGUGAUUAAUAUCAUGAGCAUCGAUCCACGCAAUUGGGACCGAUGACGUGUAUAAACCAAGUCAGCGAGCCUGACCACCCGAUCCCGUUAGUCGCCUCCUACGACAAGCAUAGUCACCUUUUACGGCAAGCAUGGGUUGCUGAAGACCUAUUCUACCCCGGAUCUUCACGGGUUAUAUUAUAAUGUAGACUGUUCCCUGUAAUGAAUGUGAGGAUAGAAGAUGAUGCUCGAGGGAUGAAACAACGAGGAGGGGGCCACAAAAGAACUAAAUAAUGUAACAUCUUGAUGGAAAAAAAAAACAUCCCCCAAUUUACAGUUCUCUGUUUCUUUACACAAAUCAUUUAAUAGUUUUAAUAAACUAUAUUCCCAUAUGUACAUUAAUUAACCCUAUUCUAACUCUGCUUAAGUAUUGUGUAUUCCUGAGUGGAAAAGUAAAUACUAGUUCUGAUGUGUAUGAUGUCUAACUUGUUUGUAUAGUACAAUAUAUAUGCAUUUAUUGUCAGAGAAGUGACUAGAGACAAAAUACAGUGCAUUGUUAUUAGUUAUUAAAAGGAAUACAUUAUU